AUGGAGCGAAAGCUAACCUGCUCUUACGGAAGCAUCAGUUUCGUCAGGCAUUUCGAAGACAUCCGAGAAACUAAGCGAAGCUUCCUGUUUUCUCAUCGGCGUUGCUUAGAGACGUCCCUUCUUGCGCCCUGUACAAGACAUGCCGUCCCCUUCGGAAACGCCGCUGCUUCGUUGAUGGCACACGUUACCAACAUCUCGCUUGACAUCGAGCCCGCUGGCACUGGCCUGGCAUGGCGGCGCAGGAUGCUACAUGGCUCGCCGGCUGCUUCUGCGAUGGGAACAGGUGGAAGGAAGGGGUGGCACAGGAAACAGCUGCAACGGGCUUCCGGAGACAGCUGGGACAUGUACAAGUCGUCGUCGGAGCCAUCUUUGCGCAGAGGCGAAUCGGGAAUUCUGCCAGGACUAUCACAGCUUUCGCCAAAGCUCGCCCAUGCGAACUCAAGGUGUCGUCUCUCUUCCUCUGGAAGCAGCAGCACCUUGGAGCUUGAGCUGGCCCACCCAGAGGACUCAGGCUUGCCAGAUGAAAAUGCGGGCAAAGAGCAGGGUCCCGACCAAGGGCGGGGAAGCACAGACCCUGGUCACGACGUGCGCCCGGACGCUUCGAUUGACCCCGUCCAGGCAGAUGAGACGGCCACCCCACGCACGCAGUGGCAAAAUGCCCUGCAAAGGGCAAUGCAGGAAGCUGAUGUGCGCUUGCUGUUUCGCCUUGACCUGCCUCUUAUGGUGAAGGCAGUUGCCGACGGCGAGAUCACAUCCUUGUCGGAACCAAGCCCGCCGAGGUGGCAGCAGCUGAAGGCAGCAGCGCGGUGCUUGCAGCAAGAGUUGCAGGAAACGGACGCCAGACGAGGACAGAUUGAGUCCUUGCAGGUCAUUGGAAACCUGUACGCAUUCUUGGAAGAGCAGAAGUGCGCACAAGGCUUCGAUGCCUUAUGCAAGUCUUUCGACUUCCUCUUCGGAGGUUUGGAGCAGGCGCAGAAGGUGCUUGACGUAAACCGUACUGGGAUCAUGACGACUAUGGAGUUCGCGAUGGCCAUGAGCCUUGUGGGCCUUGACUUGGCUCUGAUCAGCGGACUUGAUGAGCGAGAAAUGUUCUUGACUGUGGAUGAGUCAAACGACGGUUCAAUUCGUAUCCAGGAGUUCCUGCAAUUUUGCAGCACUAAGCCUACGGAGCCAGAGCAGAGCAAGAAGGCCGACCGUUCCAAGCGAAAGCCUUCGCCAAACAAGGCCAAGGUCAAGAAGAGGCUUUCCACGACAGCAGUCAUUGAGUCUGCUGGAAUGAAGGUGCUGCAGGAAAGAACCUCCAAAGGAGUGAGACUGCAGGCGCUGGUGGUGCCCAAACCACCGUCAAGUGGUCCAGAGGCUUCCAACGCAGGCAUGCAUGUAGCGCUGGACGAGCUCGACGAAGAGGAGAUCGAUGAGUCCAUUCGUAGACUGGCAAAGGAGGAAGUGCAACGUGCACAAGCCAAGUGGACCUGCGUAGCCAAGUGGCUCUCCGCUGUGCUAGGAGCUGCGUUUCUUCUGGACCCAGAUCAGGAUCGAGCAAAGACCUGGGAAGAUGAGCGGCAGCAGGUGGCAUAUCGCAUUCCAACAUGCGAAUUGCUGUCAGACUUAGGAAUCGGAGGAAUCCGGUGCUUGGGCACCGACAGCAUCACUGUAUCAAAACCAGAAAUAGACAUAGACCUGUUUGCAUGGACCUCAAACGCAUUUUUUCGAAGGUAUGACAGCUGUGAGAGUGUGCUCUGUUGA